GACUUGGGGGACAAGAAAUAAGUAGAAGAGUUGAGAUAAAGCAAGAUGGCAGCUCCGCUGCCUCUCAUUCUCAGAAACCCUUCUCCUCUCUUCGCUCCGAUCCCGACCAACUCUCCUCUCCGUCUCCCUACCACUCACUACCACCGCCGCCACUGCCCCCCUCUCGCCGCAGCCAAGUCCUUUUCCGCCAUUUCACUCUUCUCCAACACCACCAGACCCUUGCUCCCCAUCCUCAACUGCUCUAAGAUGGAAGGGAGUCAAACUACUGGGAAUGAAAUCACGGAGGAAGUUACUGCGAACACAACUGAAGCAAGUGUGUCUGGUUUGAAGAAGAUAUUUGUGGCUGGUGCUACUGGGAGCACUGGUAAAAGAGUUGUUGAGCAGUUACUGGCUAAGGGUUAUGCUGUGAAAGCCGGAGUUCGGGAUUUGGAGAAAGCCAAAACUAGUCUUCCCAGCAGUAACCCUGCUCUUCAAAUUGUGAAAGCAGAUGUGACAGAGGGUUCUGCGAAGUUGGCAGAAGCAAUUAGUAGUGAUUCGGAUGCUGUGAUUUGCGCGACGGGGUUUAGCUAUGGAUGGGAUGUUUUGGCUCCAUGGAAGGUUGAUAACUUUGGGACAGUUAACCUCGUUGAUGCAUGCCGCAAAGUUGGUGUGAAGAGGUUUAUUCUGGUCAGUUCCAUUUUAGUCAAUGGAGCAUCAAUGGGGCAGAUUCUCAAUCCAGCUUACAUCUUUCUUAAUAUAUUUGGUCUCACCUUAAUCGCAAAGCUUCAGGCAGAGAAUUAUAUCAGGAAGUCUGGUAUAAACUACACAAUAAUAAGGCCUGGUGGGUUGAGAAAUGAACCUCCAACAGGAAAUCUUGUGAUGGAGCCAGAGGACACACUAUCAGGAGGCACCAUCUCCAGAGAUCUGGUUGCAGAAGUAGCUAUUGAAGCAUUAGUCACUCCUGAAGCAUCUUACAAGGUAGUGGAGAUAGUUUCCAAAGCUGAUGCCCCCAAGCAUACAUAUGACGAACUAUUUGGUUCAGUUAAGGAACGGUGAUCUCUAGUUUGAUGACAGGAUAUCUUGUUGGCAGAUUAGUAGGUAACUACGUAUACAGUAUACCCAUUUGUAGUAGCUCUGAUAGCAUAUCUAUGUUUUCUAAUGUUCCUUGUCCAUCAAUACUAUACCUCUUUUCAUUACAUUGAUAAUGAUU